GAAGCAUCGCGGGCAGAGCUCCGAUCGCCUUUCCAGCCAUUUCAUGAAAGUUUGAUUUCAGCAUACAACGCCUUGUAGCAUCUCCUAUUCUGAUGAUACACGGUUCAUGAUCCCUCUAACACGACUUCAGAGUACAUUGUAUCCGCAUAGCACUUGGACCAGACGGGUGAUAAAUCCUGUGCGCACAAGAACAGAUUUCAGCGUGUUUGAAAGAUAGCCACAUCAGCAGCACAUUAUGCCUCCUCACAAAGGUCUACGGCCUGUGCUGGCAGCAGCAUCUCAGGCAAGCAAGCCUUCAAGUCAAGGUAUCAGACGGGGAUUGAGCUCGUUGAUCGUCCCUCUUGCUUCAUCACAAACAUCACCCACACCUCGACAUCCACGCCAGCACCGCAAUCUUACACGACAAUCACUUCCGACAAGAACGUUCAUUCAGCGUCAAUCACAGUUGCGCCAUGCCUCAUCCACAAGCAGCUCUCUCAAACAAACGCCGUUAUAUGGCUUGCACACCGAGCUCGGCGCCAAAAUGGUCCCCUACGCUUCCUACUCCAUGCCAGUGGAAUACCCCGAUCAACCACACCGCGAAUCACAUCUAUGGACCCGAGACCACGCCUCGCUCUUCGAUGUCAGCCACAUGGUCCAGCACAAGAUGUCUGGUCCUCUGGCCGAGGAAUUCCUCAUGACCAUCACGCCCACGGCAAUCAAUGAGAUCGAGAAGCACCACUCCACCCUUUCAUGCCUCCUCAACAGAGAAGGCGGCAUCGUCGACGACACUGUCAUCACCCGCCUUGGCAGGGACAGCUUCUAUUUCGUCACCAACGCGGGCUGUCGUGACACCGAUCUCCCCUUCAUAGAGAAGGAAAUGGAUGCCUUCUUGAGAUCCAAAUCCGCUUCUGCCAAAGACAACAAGAUCACCUGGCACGUGCUUGACCAUCACGCGCUUCUCGCACUACAAGGCCCCGAAGCCAAAUCCAUAUUGCAGGACCUGGUCUUCAACGACACCGAGGAUGAGGCUUUCGACGCCUCGCUCGAAUCGCUCUACUUCGGAACAAGUCGCUGGUUGCAAUUGACUUUACCUGAAUCCGGCAUGAACACGCCAUCCCUCCUAAUCACUCGCACUGGAUAUACCGGCGAAGACGGCUUUGAAAUCUCGAUCCCGCCUGAGAACGGCGACGCUACCGAGCUGGCGACCUCGAUAGCGAAAUCCCUUACCGCCGAUUCCUCCAAAGUCCGCUGGGCAGGUCUUGGGGCACGAGACUCACUGCGUCUCGAAGCAGGUAUGUGUCUGUAUGGCCACGACUUGAACGACAAAAUCACCCCGACAUCGGCGGCACUGGGAUGGCUGGUCAGCAAGUCCCGCCGCAGCGACAACCCGAGCCCUGCAUUCAAUGGCCAUGAAGUCAUCAACAAGCAGCUUGCUUCUCCCAAGUCCCUUACCGAGCGACGGGUCGGGUUCACGAUUGAAAAGGGUCCCGCUGCGCGCGAAGGCGCCGAGAUCGUCGACCCGGAGAACGACAACCAGGUCAUCGGACACAUCACGUCUGGUUGUCCCAGUCCUAGCCUCGACGGGCAGAACAUCGCCAUGGGCUAUAUCAAGAACGGGUUUCACAAGAAGGGCACAAAGGUUGGUGUCAAGGUCAGGAAGAACGUGAGGAAAGCAGAGGUUGCCAAGAUGCCGUUUGUUGAGAGCAAAUUCUACCGACCAGCGUGAGUGGGCCAAUAGGUAGGCACACGACCAAAAGCCAGUCAGCGUGUCUGUGAAUUU